GUACUCUGUUCGUGUCGAUUCUCGUGUGCCGUGUGUCUCGUUUAAAAAUUUUAAUAAUGCUUCAUGUAGUGAGUUUUCGAGUUUUCACUUUAAAAAAUUCCUCAACAUUAAUUUUUAGUCUAAUUCAAAAAAAAACUCUCGUGAUAGAUUCAUCCCUCUUCGUUUCAACGUCAAUUUAACUCCCAACACAACAAAUUUCGAUUUUGAUUACGUUUCCGGGAACUUUUGUGACUCCUUGAACGUUUUUUUUUAAACAAUUAAAUUUUAAAAAAUUGUUCCAACUGAUUAAAGGUUUUUGACAGAUUACAGUUGUUUUCAGUAGAAUUUGAGUGAAAAACGGUUUGAAUUGUACGAAUUGGCAACUUUUUUAAGAAAAAUCAAAGCAUAAUGACUAUCCCAUGGGGUCAAUUUGAGGGUUCGUGACUUUUCAUUGAAAAAAACCUCCGGAUUGGGGAUAAUUUUCACAAAGUUUUUUUCACAUUAACGUCUCUCGUGUAUUGCUUCUUAUGUGCUGAUUGUUGUUGAUAACGUUGGUAAUCGUUCAAUUUGGGAUAAUCGCGGUUUUCCAUGGCUUCAUUAAUGAAAGUUUUCAAAUUUUCUGGUUUUCCUUCAAAUUUAUCACACAUCUUGCGGAGUUAUAAUAAGGCGUCCGGAAGCAUUUCCCGGAGGAUUUCAAACUGGUUUUGUAGGAUAACUUUCGGUUAAGGAGUCGAGAGAGCUCGCUUCGAAUACUCAUUGUUUGCUAAAAAUUUUUUUAAACAAUUGAAUUUUAAAAAAUUGUCCCAAUUCACUACUAAAAAAACUAUUAUUAGUUCGUCUACCACCGUAUCAUCCAUGGCUUUAUUGAAGGUUUUCGACAUCUUGAAUAAAACGACCGAUAAGAUAAUUUUUUGAGUACCUAAUAUUUGAUUACGUUUUCGGGAGCUUUUGUGACUCCUCGAACGUAUUUUACUAAAUCGAAAUAUUCUGCACCUAAAUAAAAAAAUACAUAAAAAUAUAUAAAUUUUGUUGCAUACGUCGAUCCAUGUAACGAUUUAAAAAAACAACACAAAAAAGAUAAAAAAUAAAAUUGACAAAACAAGUUCGAAUUAAAAUACUUAACGCUAACGAAAUUGUUUAAUCAAUGUUUAAUCCCUUCAAGGCCUUGAAGCCUUGAACUAAGUAAAAAUAAUCUGCAAAAACAUCCUACGAAAAAUAAUCUCCUUCGCAAUUAUCGUUUCUCGUGUGCCGUGUGUCUCGUUUAAAAAUUUUAAUAAUGCUACAUGUGUCGAAUUCCGAAAAAAACUCUCGUGAUAGAUUCAUCCCUCUUCGUUUCAACGCCACUUUAACUCCCAACACACCAAAUUUCGAUCCCUUAGAGAUCGAAGUAUUCAAAAACUGUGGAUUUCUAAACUAUGCCAAAAUCCGCUACAACCAGAACAACUACAAAAACGAGUUACAAAAAAUUAUGUUCCCAUAUGAAGCAAAAGUUUUGAAUUUUUUCCCUCCAAAGAAAUGCAUUAGGAACAAAAACCCGGAGGGUGAACCAACGUGGCCGGUUAAACCGAGGGAAAAACCGGUCAUAGACCCGCCACAGACCGUGUUGGACAUGCCCCAAUUCGACUCAUAUAUCUGCCAUAAUAUCUGUGAUUGGAGCAGCAAAGGCUACAUUGCCACGAUUUUCGAAAAUGAGGUUCAUAUCUGGAACUCAAUUUCGAAGGAAAGGACCAUCACCUCCACGUUUCAUAGAAUUCAGCACUCCAUCAAGUGGAGGAGUGGGACGUCCCUCCAAUUUGCUGUGGGUUUGUCACCCAGCAGCGUCGGAAUUUGGGACCUUUUGGCAAGGAAGCUCACUUGCUGGAGAUCUUGCUGCUGCUUCCCUCAAAACUGCGAAGUCUUCGCCCUCGAAUGGAUAACUCCCAAAUUUCUAGUCACCGGUUGUUCUCAAGGCACUUUGAAAAUCUUCACUUCGAAGCUGAAAAAAAUCAGGGGGUUGUCCAACGCCCACAAUGGUGCCAUCAUAAAAAUCGCAAGUUCCUGCGACCGGCGGUUUAUCGCGACGACUGGUUUGGAUAAAAGAAUGAUUGUCUGGAAAAUCCCGGAUUUAGAGCGCCAUUUCUGCUUUGAAACUGACACAAUUAGCAAGGCAGUGGCAUGGCACCCCUGGAGGGGCUCUGUCCUGGCUGUGGGAGUGGGGCAAAAUGACGGCCACAUAGUCAUUUUGAACAUAAAUGAAAAGAAACCGAUGGCUGAGGAGAAAUUCACCUACCAGAAUACCACAGUCGAUGCUCUCACUUUUAAUCCAAUCAGUGGCGAGCUAGCCGGCUAUUUCGUUCGAGAUGUGGUGGAUGGAAACAAGGGGGUCGGCGUGGUUGUCGUUUUCUCGGAUAUCGAUCAAAUCGUGGAGGAGUUGCACCUACACGAUGGCCCCAUUUUAUACCUCUUGUGGGGUAACGAGGGACAAGAGUUAGCGUCCGCAAGUGCGGACGAGAAUUUAUGUAUCUGGGAUUUUUUCGGAAAAAUUAACAGUCAAAAUGGAAGAAACAAAAAAGAAGAAAGCCCACCCAAAAGUUCGGUACUACUUCGUACUAUUAGGUGACUUUAACAUGCCAAAAUCGGGAGUUGUGCAUUUUAAAUACAUUUCUGUUGCCUACUUGGAAUUACGAUUUAAUCGGCCAAGUAGGUUUUUUAUUUAAAUUGUAUCUUUUUCGGAGGUGUUAGUUCGCAAGGAAACACAAUUUUCUAACCUGCUUUUGGAAACUUAGAUGUCUAAGGGAUCAAAAUUUAAUGGGUUUGACGCUGAGAUGAAGGAGGAUAAAAAUUUAAAAAAAAGGAUUUAAAAUUUAAUAAACAUUUGCCAAUUAAGCUAAUAUACCAAGUUUUGGGUUUUUUAAAAUCUGAAUAGUUCAAUGAAUUUUAUUAUAUGUUUUCUAAUAUUUUAUGUUUGUAUCUUUACAUUUUACAAUUUCGUAUUCAAAAUAAACAAUGCCUGUAUCAAAAGCUGGGUUACAUCUUUACAAUUUUAUAUAUGA